AAUAGAAGAUAGAGGAAGGUAGAGAUCUCCCUCCACUCGAGAGUUCAAUUUGCCUGUUCUUUACAUUGCUCCAUUACUUACACCAACUUACACUACACGCACUACACCUACACCCUUGUAAACUUGUGUAUAGAUAUUGUUUUGUUGUAUUUAUUUAUUUAUUUUGUAACAUAAUAACAUAAGUGAUAAAAAAUGAAUAUGUCAAUAGAUAAAAAAAAAUAUCCAUCGGCAUUGCCGACAAAUUGGCCAACUCGUGAUGAAAUAUCUCGUAAAAAUUCAAAUCCACUACCACCAUCCUCAGGAAAAGUUGAUGUUUACUAUUAUAGUCGAGGAGUAAGAAAUGAUGCAUCAUUAGUACCACCAAUAAGACAAACGGCUUCUAUUUUCAAACAACCAGUUACUAUUUAUAAAACACAAGACAGAAAAGUUAAUAAAGAUGUAAAACAUCCUACUCAGGAUAAACCAAAACAGGAAGGAACUGAUAAAACUGAUAGCAAAUAUGGCUCUCAAGAUAAACCUAAACAGCUGUUUUGGGAAAAACGAUUGGAAGGCUUGAGAGCAUGUGAUCCAGAUGGUUUUGAAUUCAACGGAAUGGAUUUACCUAAAACUUUAAAACCAGUAGGACCUUAUAUUACUGAAGAAACGUUACUCCAAAGUGUAGCAACUGCUCUUCAUAUGUCAUCCCAACCAGUAACCGGGCAAACUGGAUCUAAAACUUCACUUGAAAAAAAUCCAGGAGUAUUUUUAAAUCCUGACCAACCUCUAGUUCAGGCCGUCACGAUAGCUGAUGACGAUAUAAAAAAACAAGAAGACAGAGUUGCUAUUGCAAGAAAAAAACUUCAAGAUGCAUUACGUGCAAUUUCAACUUGAUUUCUUAUAAAUUAAAAAUUAAUUCAUAUUAUUAUUUAUACAAUAAUCUUUAUAUAUAUCUUUUAAUUUAAGUUCGACUUUUACAUUUUAUAAUAUACAAUAAUUAUCCAGCGUAAACGAAUAUAAAACAUAAUUUU